AUGAUUGAUCUCAUCUCCUCUAGUAAUCGGAGGGAAUGUUUUCGCUUUCUCACAAAUCCCAGUCUUCGGCUAUCUGCUUCUUUUCCUUCUCGAUCUCCCAACUCUCUAACUCCCAACUUUUGAGCGAUUUCGGCUUCACGCUGAACAGGAUUGCGAUAGAUAACACUCGGGAGUUACAGACAGAGGCGUCUCAGUCGCCGUCCUCGUCUGCUUCCGACGAGAUACACGUUUUAUCUGGUCCUAUGUUUUCCGGCAAAGCGACAACGAUCUUGCGGCGGAUGCUGGCGGAGAAGAGAACUGGCAGCUUUCAGGUGGGGCAUCAGAGAAAGAAAGAGCAGCUGGAUAAGACAUUGAAGGGACUGUGUGUUACUGGGAGAUUAAAAGAAGCUGUUGGGUUAUUAUGGCGUAGCGGGUCAAAAGUCGAGCCUGAUACUUAUGCUAUGCUGUUGCAAGAAUGCAAACAGAGGAAGGAAUAUACGAAAGGGAAACGGAUACAUGCUCAAAUGGCUGUUGUAGGAUUUGCUCCGAAUGAGUAUUUGAAAGUCAAGCUUUUGAUACUGUACGCUUUAUCAGGGGAUCUUCAGACAGCUUGGAUCCUCUUUCGUAGUUUGCUAUUGAGGGAUUUGAUCCCGUGGAACGCAAUGAUAUCAGGGCAUGUGCAAAAGGGUCUUGAGCAAGAAGGGCUUUAUAUGUAUUACGAUAUGAGACACCACAGAGUAGUUCCGGAUCAGUAUACCUUUGCUUCAGUGUUUAGAGGGUGUUCUGCGUUAGCAUCGCUAGAACACGGUAUGAGAGCUCAUGCUGUCAUGAUAAAGAGCCGUAUUAAGUCCAAUAUUAUAGUCAAUAGUGCCCUUGUUGAUAUGUACUUCAAAUGCAGCAGCGUCUCUGAUGGGUACAAAGUAUUUGAUCAGUUCUCCACCAGGAACGUUAUUACGUGGACCUCGUUGAUGUCUGGAUAUGGGUAUCAUGGAAAAGUUUCAGAGGUGUUAAAAUGUUUUGAUAAGAUGAAGGAAGAAGGUUGUAGACCGAACUCUGUUACAUUUUUGGUGGUUCUCACUGCGUGUAGCCAUGGAGGUUUAGUUGGUGAAGGUCGGGAGUAUUUCGAUUCUAUGAAGAGAGAUUACGGGAUUGAGCCUGAGGGACAACACUAUGCGGCUAUGGUUGAUAUCUUAGGGCGUGCUGGUAGGCUACAAGAAGCGUACGAGUUUGUUAUGAAGUCACCGUGCAAGAAACACGCUCCGGUAUGGGGUUCUUUACUUGGGGCAUGCAGGAAUUAUGGGAAUGUGAAACUGCUAGAACUCGCAGCUACGAAAUACUUUGAGCUGGAUCCAACGAACGGAGGGAAUUACGUGGUGUUUGCCAAUGGAUACGCGAGUUGUGGAUUAUUGGAUGCUGCCUCAAAAGUGAGGAGGAGAAUGGAGGAUGCGGGAGUGAAAAAGGAUACCGGGUAUAGCCAGAUCGAAUUACAAGGGGAAGUUCAUAGGUUCAUGACGGAUGAUAAGUCUCAUAGACUCUCUGGAAAGAUAUACAAGAAGGUCCAAGAGAUGACUUCUGUAUUCAUGCAUGUUGACUGCUAUCCAGAUGAUUUAGACGCUAGCUAUCCUGUUUGAUCGAUUGGUUUGUCAUCUUGUCUUGACUCUCUGACCAAAGCAACUUGCAGUUAGCUGACAGAAAUCUGUCUCCAACGGAUGCUGUAGCAGGCUCUCUCCAGAAAAUCUAUCUUGAUUCAAACACAAGCUUUGGUUUUGGAGCAUUAAGUUUAUAGGUUUAGCAGUAGAAUGUGAACUGUAGAUAAGUGAGAAUUGUGGUCUGGGUUUUGGAUUCAAUAGGAGCACAUCCUGAUAAUGAAAUGUGAUUGGUAUUGAUGGAAAACUCAAAUCUUAGGCGAAUGUAGAUAGCCUCAGUUUCUCAUAGAACGACCAACAAGGGUGUACCACCACCAGUCUCUCAUAUCAAAUCAGGUAAAGUGAAGGUAUUAGGCUCCGAGAAAUCUGUCGUGGAUCAAACACAAGUCGGGAGUUCUAACUUUUAUGGGUUUAGCUGUGGGAAUGUGAUUAUGUAGAAUAACUGAGAAUGGUAGUCCGAUUUAUUUUGAAUAGGAGCAAAUUUCUUCUGAUAAUGGAUGUGUUUAGAAUGAAUUAUGUAAACUCAAUUCUUAAUACUAAAGAAGCUCUUACUGUAAUUGAGACUGCAUGGUUAAACUGUAAACAGAUUAAUUUCUAGAUUAUUCAUCCAUUAUUGUUAUCGAGUCGAUUAUUUUUUUACUCGAUAAUUUGAGACAAUUCAUUCUUUUAGGGAAAAUUCCAUAUUAAUACCUCAACUUAUUUUCUAUUACCAUUUUAAUACACCAACUUUUGAUGUGCCCAGAACAAUACAUGAAUUAAAUUUGUUUUCCAGUUUAAACCACCAACUGUCUUAAUUUGUAUUUAUAUUCAAUAUACGGCAACUGUCUGUUUCUUUUUAAUAUGGGAUAGAGGUUAUCUUCGUGGCUUGAAUUUUCUCAUUAUUUUUUUAUUUUGAAAGAAACAAUAUAAUAAGG